GCCUCAAAAGGGAGAAAUAACUCCUUACCUCUAAUUUCUCAAUUUUCUGAACUUCAACCCAAAAUCUCUAGUUAAGGCACUCAUACAACUUUUCUUUAUAAUCGUGGUGUCGAGAGACGACUUACGUACACCUCAACUGGUUUCACGAAAUAUCUAUCACCUCCCACCAGCAAUAGAUAGCAAGGAAGAGUCUCACACAUCUCAUCCCACUACUACAAUUGGUCUUGAGGUUACAUAGCUAAAGAACAUUUUGUUUUAAUCAAGAUGAGUAACCUUUUCUCCAAGAUUUAUCCACCCUCUAUCACAAUAAAUCAUCAAAAGCUUCAACAAAAUUCUAGUACAAUAAGAUGUUGUUCCAACUCCAAUCAUGAUGAACAUUCUAGUACAGAACACAAUGGUUCGAUACUUAAUAGUUUCCCAGAAAAGAACCUAGUACCACAUCAACAUGGCAUAAUAAAACCACCUAGACCAAAAAGAAUCAUUCUUGUUAGACAUGGAGAAAGUGAAGGAAAUGUUGAUGAAAGUGUCUACACAAGAGUGGCUGAUCCUAAAGUUGGAUUAACCGAAAAAGGCGUAAUUGAAGCAGAGGGAUGUGGAAGGAAAAUGAGAGAAAUGAUUGAGAAAAAUGGAGGAGAUGAUUGGAAAGUUUAUUUCUAUGUUUCACCUUAUAAAAGAGGAAUUGAAACAUUGAGAAAUUUGGCUAAGUCUUUUGAACGUUCAAGAAUUGCUGGUGUUAGAGAAGAGCCACGUUUGAGAGAACAAGAUUUUGGAAAUUUUCAGGACAGAGAACAAAUGAAGAUAGAAAAAGCUGUUCGAGCUCGUUAUGGUCGUUUCUUUUAUAGGUUUCCUAAUGGAGAAUCAGCAGCAGAUGUUUAUGACAGAAUCACAGGGUUCAGGGAAACACUUAGAAGUGAUAUUGACAUAGGAAGAUUUGAACCACCUGGUCAGCAAAGUCCAAAUAUGAACCUUGUUAUAGUUUCACAUGGACUUACACUAAGGGUGUUCUUGAUGAGAUGGUAUAAAUGGACUGUUGAGCAAUUUGAAGGACUACAUAAUAUGACUAAUGGUGGCAUGAUUGUCAUGGAAAGAGGCUAUGGUGGAAGGUACUGUUUGUCAAUGCAUCAUACAAAGGAGGAGUUGCAGAAAUUUGGGAUGACUGAUGAGAUGCUAAUUGACCAAGAAUGGCAAAAGAUAGCCAAGCCAGGUGAACUAAACUAUGAUUGCUUGAUUACUGGACCAUCUUACUUUACUCAUUUUGAUGAUGAAGACAAGAUUUUUGAGUUGUAAGAUUAUCAAGAGGAGUUUGAUUCAUAUACACGGACAGUACAAAAGAAUUUUUCACACUACCAAUGUAGUUUUACCUGU